AUGCCGCUCGACACUGGGCCAGACCCCUCCUCCCUCUCCAACUUCCAAGAUGCGGCAGUGACGCACUCCCACAUUGAGCUGGACGUCGACUUUGAGACCCGGGUGCUCAGCGGCUUUGUGGAGCACACCGCGGUGGUGCGCACGGAUGGCGUCGCUGAGCUGGCGCUGGACACCUCGCAGUUGACCAUUGAGGAGAUCACGGUCAACGGCUCGGCGGCACGGUACCGCGUGUCGGAUCCCCACCCAGUACUGGGCAGCCGGCUGGCCGUGAGGCUGCCCGCUGGGGUGCGGGCGGGUGAGGUGGUGGCCGUGGCCGUCCGCUACUCCGCCCCGCCUGGGGCCACCGCUGUGCAGUGGCUGCCGCCGGAGCAGACCGCGGGCAAGCGGCACCCCUACCUCUUCACCCAGUGCCAGGCCAUCCAUGCCAGGAGCAUCCUGCCCUGCCAGGACGCCCCCGCAGCCAAGUUCACGUACACGGCGGCGGUGCGGGUGCCACGGCAGCUGCGGGCGCUGAUGAGCGCGGUGCCGGUGGAGGGCGAGGGGCGGGACGACGGCGACGGCGGUACCGCGGACCUGCGCCACGUGGCGCCCAGGCCCGGGACCAAGGUGUACCGCUUCAGGCAAGGCGUGCCCAUCUCCUCCUACCUGCUGGCGCUGGCAGUGGGCAAUUUGGAGAGCCGGCAGCUGGGGCCCAUCUCUGCUGUGUGGAGCGAGCCGGAGAUGGUGGAGGCCGGCGCCUCUGAGUUUGCCGAGACCCCCCAGUUUCUGGAGGCCGCGGUCGAGCUGGCGGGGCCCUACCUGUGGGGCCGCUACGACCUCCUCCUCCUGCCCCCCUCCUUCCCCUACGGCGGCAUGGAGAACCCGUGCCUCACCUUUGUGACCCCCGCCCUGCUGGCCGGAGACAGAUCGAUGACCAAGACCGUGGCCCACGAGAUAGCACACAGCUGGACGGGCAACUUGGUCACCAACUCCGACUGGCAGCACCUGUGGCUCAACGAGGGGCUGACUCGCUUUCUGGAAAGAAAGAUCCUGGGGCGGCUGUAUGGGGAGGAGAUGUACCAGCUGCAGGCAUCCAUCGGAGCCCUCAUCCUCAAGGAGACCGUGCAGAAGGAAUUUGGGGAGGGGCACCCGCUGACGGCGCUGGUUCCAGACCUGUCGGGUGGGGUGGACCCCGACGCCGCCCUCUCCCAGAUCCCCUACGAAAAGGGCUUCUACUUUGCGGCGAGUGGGCCCGGGGUGUCUCACUACCUUCAGGAGCUGGUCGGUGGCGCCGCCGCCUUCCAGCCCUUCUUCCGAGCCUACCUGCAGCGCUUCCAGUCGCAGCCGCUGGGCAGCGAGGACUUCCGCGCUUUCUUCUGCGACCACUUCCAGGCCAACGAGGUCAUCGCCCAGAUCGACUGGCAGGCGUGGCUGUACAGCCCAGGCAUGCCGCCCGUGACCAACCGCUACGACGAGAGCCUGGCGGCAGGGGCGUACGCGCUGGCGACGCGAUGGCACACGGCGGAUGUGCUGGGCAUCGGCGGCGGCGGCCCCACCGCCGCCUCCCCCGCCGACAUCGAGGGCUGGUCCUCCACACAGCUGAUUGCUUUCACUGACAAGCUGGGUGAGCUGCGGGCCAUGCAGCCGCUGCACCCCUCCAUCACACGCAGGCUGGACGAGCUGUACGGCCUGGAUGUGCGGCGCAACUCGGAGCUGCGCACCAGCUGGUACCAGCUCUGCAUCAACGCAGGCGAUGAUGCCAUCCUGCCUCAUGUCGAGGCUUUCCUCCAGGAGCAAGGGCGGGCACGCUACCUGCGCAAGCUGUACCGCGCGCUGCGGCGCAGCAGGAGCAGCAGGGCGCGGCAGGCGGCGCUAGACAUCUUCCAGCACCAGCGGGCGGCCUACCACCCCAUCGCAGUGCGCCUCGUGGCGGCAGAUCUGGGGCUGGCUACUGCCGACACGUGA